AUGGAACCACUAACGCGCACGGCGACCGAUGCACGGCAGGAACCUCUUCUCCAACCAGUGGAUGAAGAGCGCCCCGCUAAGAAAAGUGAACGCUCCAGCUCGUCAUGGUGGUGGUGGUUGGAGAUCUGUGGCGCCUUCAUAGCCUUAACCGGCCUCUUCAUGACCAUCGCAGUUCUUGCUACUCUAGACAACAAGCCGAUUGACAAUUGGAAAUACAACAUCCAACCGAGCUCGCUGCUAUCGACUCUUACUACCGUGGCAAAGAUGGGAGUGAUGCUUGUAGUGGCUUCGUGUGUAUCACAGUUGAAAUGGCUGCACUUUCAACAAGCAAACCGGCUAAGUCACCUCGAAAUGUACGACCAAGUCAGUAGAGGCAACCCAAUGGGUGCAGCACAGAUGCUUUGGAAGAUGGGUCGCCGACUUUUCAAGUUACGACUGGACAUCAUUGCUACUGCGUUCGCGCUCGUCUCGCUUCUGUCUUUGGCCAUUGAUCCGAUGAUACAACAGAUUUUGGCUGUGCACCAGGAGGAUCUUCAGCUCAACAACGUUACGGCAACCAUCGGGUCUAGCCAUACAUACAUUUCCAAUGCGAGCCAAGCUCUCGUUCUCGACUACUUCUCAAACAAUCAUUCUUGCUUUCGACGUACUGACCGCAUGUUGCCUGUAGCCAACACAACUGAAACUCUGGUCUUGCACAUGGCUUUACUGAAUCAACUUGCAAGUGCUUCCCUUCAACCAGAUCUAAGCUGUCCGUCUCCCGCUACGCGCUGCGAGUUCAGCAAUAUCACAUCGCUCGGUUUAUGUGGGAACUACACGGACGUUACCGAUAUCAGUUCUCGCACGUGUAAAGCAUAUCCUUACCCUUCUAGCACAAUCGACGAAAUCACACCACCUCCGCCUUCUCACUACAUAGACUGUACUUAUUCGGUACAGGGCGUCACCAACUACCGCAACUUGACCAUUAAUUUUGGUGGUGAUGACGGCGCCACUUUCGAUUGGUUCAGGUCGAUAUUAGACAUCAUCCAGUUGGAUGGCAUCUCCGACGACAUCCUCAACUAUAAACCGUUUGACAUCGCUCGGAUGUUUUCAUUCGUGUAGAUGGCGUCGAAAAUGACCUCUUUCUACGAAAUACGUCGCUCCCAGUCCCCACAGCAAGCGUAGCAAUGGCGAACUGGUACUGGUGUGCACAAACAUACAACAACAUCUCGGUGCGAGACAACAAAUUGAGUGAAAUCACAAGUGCCUCGACAGACCCACUGAUAGCAUCAAUCAUUUCGGAGCAACCCGGAGUAACUUGGAGUUUCGCUGGCAGUGAACCGAAUUCUAGCGAGUACUAUUCCAACUUCCUGGUUGCGGAAUUUAUGGAUGGCUACUCCGUCCUCGAUA